AUGCUUCACCGUACCAAAUACAACCGCUUUAGGAAUGAGUCAGUAACAUCCGUCGAUGAGCUUCUCCACGGCCUGUCCAUGAACCCCAAGGUCUCGGCCACCCCCCAGUCUGCCGCCGAGACAUCUUACACACCCCCGACCGAGGUCCAGCCCUCCUCCACCACCAUUGCUUCCACCACCACCACCAGCCACGGCUCUGACCACCUGGAAGAUGGAGGCACCACCCUCUGCACCCUCAUCAACAAGGUGUCCAGCUUGAAAUUCAGCAACUCGGGCAGCUUGCUGGGCAUCAAGAGUCUGCCCUCAGCUGUCAAGGACCUGGCUGUGUCUAAGCUGCAGGGGGGUGGGGGUUCGGGCUCAGGCAGCUCCAGUAGCCCUAGCCCCAGUGUUGCAGCAGCAGCAGCAGCCUCCGGUGUGGGCAGCUCUCUGUGCAGCUCAGCCUCCACUGCAACCCCCUGCUCGCAGCUGGAGCCGGCCGGCAGCAUGAACAAGAAGAGCAGGCUGGAGGAGCUCCAGCCCGGUGGAGAGGACUGGAACCCAGGUGGAGGUGGUGGACUGGUGAACAAGCCCUCCCGUGGAUGGCUGCACUCAAACGAGAAGAUCUCUGGCCCAGGAGUGACAUACAUUGUAAAGUACCUGGGAUGCAUAGAGGUCCUCCGGUCGAUGAGAUCCCUGGAUUUCACCACCAGAUCACAAAUAACAAGGGAAGCCAUCAGCCUGGUGUGCGAGGCUGUUCCAGGGACCAAAGGAGCACUGCGGAAGAGAAAGCCGCCUUCCAAAGCUCUCUCCAGUAUCCUGGGCAAGAGCAACCUGCAGUUUGCCGGCAUGUCCAUCAACCUAAACAUCUCCACCAGUAGCCUCAACCUGAUGACCCCUGACUCCAAACAGAUCAUAGCCAACCAUCAUAUGCAGUCCAUCUCCUUUGCAUCAGGUGGAGACCCUGACACAACAGAUUAUGUUGCCUACGUAGCAAAGGACCCAGUGAACAGAAGAGCAUGCCACAUCCUGGAGUGUUCGGACGGGCUGGCCCAGGACGUCAUCAGUACUAUUGGCCAGGCCUUUGACUUACGCUUCCAGCAGUAUCUGCAGUGUCCCUCAAGCAAGCUCUCCUCCACACAUGACAGGGUAUUAAACAUGGAGGAGUUUCCAUGGACAGAGGAGGAAGAGGAGUCAGGAGAGCACCCUUACUACAACAACAUCCCCGGCAAGAUGCCGCCGCCUGGAGGCUUCAUUGACACCAGGCUGACCAAUCAGAACGCAGCACCAGACGGAGGCCAGAUGGGCCCAGGCGCAGUAGAUCAGACAUAUUACCAGGGCCGGCACUGUGGAGAGAGCUGGGGUGACGAGAGGAAACCCAUAUUCAUACAACAGGGAUCCUUUGACAUCUACAGUCUGCCUGAGGGUAAAAGCCAGGUACCAAAAACAGGAGAGAUGCCCACAUAUGUGAACACCCAGCAGAUUGAUGCCCAGGUGCUUGCAGCUCUCCAGGCAGAGGCGGAGAACGUGACGAAGGGCAUGGCGGGCGCAGCCAAAGACAGUCCGCAGAAGGACCUGUUUGACAUGAAGCCCUUCGAAGAUGCCAUCCAGUCCCAGUCCCACCCGCAGGCCCAGGGGCCAGCCCAGUCCCAGGCAGCCGGUCUCCACAAGGCGGCGUCGGUGGACAACUCCAGCCCUCUGCUGGUGCGCUCUGUGGCCUUCCGGGCACAGGAGGAGCUGGAGGGCCAGACGUGGUACCACGGCAAAAUGAGCCGGCGCGACGCGGAAAAACUGCUGAGAGAAGAUGGGGACUUCCUUGUUCGAAAGAGUACGACCAGUCCCGGGUCCUACGUACUAACGGGCAUGCACAACGGACUGGCCAAACACCUGCUGCUGGUGGACCCAGAGGGCACGGUACGGACAAAAGACCACAUAUUUGACAGUAUUAGCCACCUUAUUGGCCAUCACCGUGACAACAGUCUGCCAAUUGUGUCAGCCGGGAGUGAACUGUGUCUCAUACAGCCAGUUGCAAGGAAAUAGUGACGCUCGCAAUGCCUGAUGGGGAAUAAGAGACUGUGAACGUCCGUCCCGCCAUCCUAAAACUUGAAGAUGAAAAAUGAAGAGAGUGUGUUAUCGCUUAAAGGCUCCAUGCACUGACAGCGUUUUUUGGGAAUUUGGCCCAUGGUUACUUCGCUGGAACAGGCACUGGAAAAACGCAAGAUUUGUUUAAGAUUAAAAAAAAAAAAAGAUUUAUAGAACUGUUAUUAUUUUGUUGUGAUGACUGAAAUGCUAUAUUUUUGAGAAGACAUAUAGGUGCAUUUGGACAUAAUAUCUUAAUUUGGUGUUUUCGAACCGUAAAAAAAAAAAAAAAGACAACUGUUCUUGUAGUUUAGAUGAAGCGCAAAUCAAAACCUCAAAGAGGUGGUAACAAGAGUAUUUUAGAAUAAAAACCUGAAAUUUUAGUUUUGUCUGUCAAGCACAACCACAUUUCUACAGGUACUGUUGGCUAAGAGUUCGAGGAAACAAAACCGUUUGGAAAAAAAACAACAAAAAAAACAAAUGCUGUUUAUAUUGAACUAUUUUAGGAAAAAAAAUUGUCCUUUAAUCUCACCAAUAGCUCGACAGCUCACUCGAUCAGUCACUAUAUUCAAUCUGCUUUUAUUGGGGAACAGAAUUGAAUGUGUUUUGCUUUACAGUAGUCACACAGUGUUGGGGUGCCAACAGACAUCCUUCAUAGUGCUGUCAAUGGCUUUAAAGAUGAAGUUUUUUAUUUGAUUUGAUUUGAUUUUCUAAUGAAGUAUUCUCUUGUGUCACUGCAGUCGCAUGACUUAAAAUCAACUGUUCUUGUGGACAUUGUUCGUAGACCUUGAUACCCCUUUUUUGGAAGAGGUGCUUGUGUAUGCUCACACUGUAAAAUAUUUAUGCUUUUCAAACGGUAAUUCUUUCUGAAUUGGUUUACUCUGGAUUCUUCUUUUAACUAGGUGUGUAGUCAAUGAUUAGUUUUUUGGGGCUUGAGUCAUGCAAUGGAUAUUCUCACAUUCUUAAUUAGCGUUUCUGACUUUAUUGUGGAAAAAAAAGGUUUAUUAUUAUUUGACGAUCACAAAUGAAUAGCACAAUCAGAACUUUAGAUCAUCUGUGUCGGUUGUACCAAGACAAUUCACAAAAAAUGUGUUGAGAAGCAAUUCACACUGUGUACUGGAGACUGAAUUAGACAAAUCCUGAGUUCACGUAGUUCACCCUCAAUAAGGAAUGUUUAAUAUUAGAUCACUUUCACUUG